AAGCAAACCACACCAGAGCACCCGCCAACCACCCACAUUAAAUUGAUGAAUUUUGAAACACGAUAAAAACAUAAUUUAAAAUAGCAUAGUAAUAUAGUACAAUAUACAACCUGAAGGAAUGGGCAGGCCUGGAACUCACAGACAGGCUCAGCAGAAAAGCUGAAGACCAGAAGGAGUAGAGGAAGCUGGUGGCAAAACCUUCAAAAGCGCCCCGACGGACAUCCAGUCUACGGGAUAGGUGAAGGUGAAGGUAAAGGUGAAGCAAGGAGCUUAAAUCUAUCAGGCGUGCGGUGCCGCCCACAGAGCAUCCUCCAUUACUGUAACCUCCUUGAGGUGAAAGUGAAGUUAGCAGUUGAUCUCGUGCCAACCACUGCAGUCACCUGACCUGGCCGAGAUGUCGCUGUUGAGGGCAGCGUCCCGGUUCCGGAAGAGCGGCGGCCGGAAGAGCGUGGAGUCCACAGAUGGCGGGACGGAGCCAGGCACCGAGGAAACGGCAAGGUCACCCAGCUCGGCCCGCGGCUCUUUCUCCAACGCCCUGGCCAAAGUCUCACAGCUCAAGAAGCUCAUGGAUGCUGCAUCAGUGGCUGCAAGUGCUGGGGGCCAGGACUCAAAAAGACCCAAAUUCACGAUCUGGCCAGAGUGGAAUGAUGCCGAUGUGAAUGCUGAAAAAUGGGGUGCGGAUGCUGCUAAGAAGGAAGACAAGAAAGGGAAGUCUCCUACUGUUUCACAACAUUACUUCGAGGACCCAGAUGGUAAAAUUGAGAUGCCACCCUCCUUGAGGGUAGAUUCAUGGAAAAGACCAGCGGAUUUCUUGAUGGAUAAGGUGCCAGUCAUUGUGGACACUGAUCACGUGAGCAGUGGCUUUGACCUGAUUGCCAACAACGAACAUUUACACGAGAGUGAGUUCCUGCGCUACUGCAUCAGCCAAGUGAUGGCUCUGUGGGACAUGUGUUCGGUGCCCGUACCGCCGGAUGUGAACCUAGAGGCCACAGCACCGGGCGAUGACCCCUCCCACUCCUGGAGGCCCUGGGAACACAUCUACGCGCUGUGCAAGGCCGGCAAGGGACCUCAUCUGCCUCUCUACAACAGCCACGGGAAAUACGUCGUUCGCCUAUAUUGGAUGGGAUGCUGGCGGAAGAUUACUAUCGAUGAUACUGUACCGUUUGAUGAUCAAGGUCGAAUGCUGUUACCAUCAACAACACUGACCCAUGAGCUCUGGCCAAUGCUGCUUACAAAAGCUCUCAUCAAGGUUGCUUCUCUUGAUUACUCUGGUGGGAAUCCCAGCCAAGAGUUUGGGGACAUGACUGUGCUGCAGUGUCUCACAGGAUGGAUCCCGGAGGCUAUACCUCUGCUGCCGAGCCACAUGGCUGAGGUGUGGCAGCUGAUGAAGAAAGCGCUGCCCGAGUGGACACUUCCUGAGCAGGAGUGGGAGAAACCACCGGAGACUACGGACGUCACGUCGAAGGAAUCCGUGCCAUCUGAAGGAGCACCUAAAGAGGAAAAGCUGGAGAAGGAAGGAACACAGAAAGACAUGAAGGAUGGAAAAGCUGAGAAAGGCAAAGAUGGAAAGGAAAAAGGGAAAGAUGGAAAAGAAAAAGAGAAAGGAAAAGAUGACAAGAAAGACAAGAAGGACAAAGACAAAGAAAAGGACAAGGACAAAGGAAAGGAGAAGUCCAGUCUGGAUGACAUUGUGCUCCCUGAGAAGCCAGAGCUGGUGAUGUUUGCCACCUACAGCUCCACUCCCAAGUUCCCUGUCAAGGUGUCUGUGCUGGGAGAAAUGGCGGAUGCGAGUGAGAAACUGCGUCAGAAUGGGCUGUCCCACCAGUACCCUCACCCCGUGUGCCUCACACAGACCAGGUCCUGCCCCCUGGAGCCUCCACCCCCGCCUGUGGUCAUCCCCUCCUGGAAGCUCAUCCGGCCCAGGAAGAGGAAAUCUCCGCCCCACGAUGAGCCCGUGGCUGAUCCGGAGCCACCAAAAGAAAUCCAGUGUCUGGAGAUCACAUCGGCUUUUGUCAACUACAAAGUCAGCCCGGUGCCCAUUCCAACAGACACACACCGUCCGAAGUCGUCUCUUGAGCGGGGAGGGGCUCGGUCCAGAGCGGACACGGAGGGUGCCAUCGAGGAGAUGGAUGAGAACGCCCCGACUCCACGCACGCUCACCCCGGAGCCUGAGCCAGCGCCACCUGUGGAGGAGCCCAAAGAGGAGGAGGAACCGCCCAAAGAGAAGCCUGGGACGCCCAAACGAAAGGCAUCUGGCAAGGCGGGUCGAGGGUCGGCUUCCAAGGAACGUAGUCAGACCAAGCGUCCCGAGUCUCGCCAGUCUAACAAAACUGAUGAUGGGAAACCUGACAAGGUCAAAGAGAGUCAGAAGGCAGAGGUUCCAGCCCCCGGUGGCCCCUCUCUCGGUGGAAACGCGGCCGGAGGUCUGGCGCCCCCAGCCAACGUAGUUCUGGGCCCGGACGGAGAGCCGCUUCCUGCGGAGGAGGAGGAGGAACCGCCCAAGGAGAAGCCUGGGACGCCCAAACGAAAGGCAUCUGGCAAGGCGAGUCGAGGGUCGGCUUCCAAGGAACGUAGUCAGACCAAGCGUCCCGAGUCUCGCCAGUCUAACAAAACUGAUGAUGGGAAACCUGACAAGGUCAAAGAGAGUCAGAAGGCAGAGGUUCCAGCCCCCGGCGGCCCCUCUCUCGGUGGAAACGCGGCCGGAGGUCUGGCGCCCCCAGCCAACGUGGUGCUGGGCCCGGACGGAGAGCCGCUUCCUGCGGAGGAGGUUGUACCGGAACCACCACCAGACAACACGCCCAAACCCAAGAAGGCCUGGAUGGACUUUGACAUCUUCUGUAAAUGUUUCAGGACUCUGUACAUCUUCCACAAGUCCAACACCUACUUGUGUAACCAGUACUACUCAGACCUCAAGUCCAGGACUCUGUACAUCUUCCACAAGUCCAACACCUACUUGUGUAACCAGUACUACUCAGACCUCAAGAGUGUGACGCCUUCCAGCACCACGGCCCCGAGUAAGACGGAGAAGAGACCCCCACAAGCAACAUCGACCCGCGGUAGUCUGAUGGCUCGUGCCAGUCUUCUGUUGGAGUCGCACGAGGAAAUGGAGGAGCUGGAGGAAGCACCAAAUGAUGGCUCUCCAUUUUACUUGUUCGUGGACAAUUUGGCUCAGACGGAGAUCGUGGUGUCGUACUCCGUGCUGUCUCGCUGGUUUGACCCGCCCCUGCCGCUCGUCGAGGAGAAGAAAGCUCUGUCGCAGAUCAAGCAGGGGAAAGAGAAAGACUUGGACAAGGAACCGACUAAUGCCUCGAUCAGUCUAGACUCGGUUGUGGGAGAGCAAAAGCCGCCGCCCCCCGUGCAGCCCGGUACGUUGGUCGCUGAGCCGUACUCGUGGAAGAGCCUGGUCACUGGCCAGCCCAUCCUCCGUCUGAGGACCACGGGGACCAAGUCAGCUGUGCUCACACUUCCUCCAGGACGGCACGUGCUGCGGUUCAUGAUGAGCUCCCCCCUGGGCCACCACGUCCACAUGUGCUCCACCGUCAACUUUGUCUUCGGGGACGAGGAGACCGUGAUGCCACAGCUGACAAACGAGAGCUGCCGUUUCCGUGACAAUGCUGUGCAGGUCAUCAUGAACCUGGGCAAGUGCAUCCUGGCAUUCAAGGACCCGACGAUGUUGACCAGCGCCUGGGCGGAGCUGGUGGCCAGUCAUUGCCCGUAUCUGGAGGACAAGCAGAUGUCCAAGACACAUCACUUCCAGGUUUUCAACGAGGCUUUGUACCAGAUGCUGAAGAAGACAGUCAAGGACAUCAUGUCUCCUGAUAUCGCUUUUGCGUGGCGCGCCUUCACCUUUGAUGCGACAACGUCAAACAUCCUGGCAAUUCCCGUAGGCAGUCGGCCAGCGACCCAAGGCUCCAACGCUCCCGGUGGGUACUCCCCCCCCUUUCCAGGAGAGGGACUGUGUGUUUUCAACGAGGCUUUGUACCAGAUGCUGAAGAAGACAGUCAAGGACAUCAUGUCUCCUGAUAUCGCUUUUGCGUGGCGCGCCUUCACCUUUGAUGCGACAACGUCAAACAUCCUGGCAAUUCCCGUAGGCAGUCGGCCAGGAUCUCAGGUCACCUCAGAAGAAAAACUUGCUGAAACAAAAGAUUCCACCCAGGCUGACGCUGGUGAAGCUGAGAAACCAGAAAAUCCUUGGGCCAACAGGGAAGCCAGUGUAGAGGAACAAAUCCAGACUGUGAAGAUACAGAAAGUCUGGCGUGGAUACUACGUGAGGAAAAUGAAGGCUGCAAGGACACCUGGAACGGAAGAGAAUCUCAAAGUGGCCGAGAACCUGACGAAGAGCUGGUCCCAGAUCGAGAGCACUGCCGAGGAGAAUGGACUUGUGUUACUCAGAGAGAUGUUCAAGCGGGACCCCGACAUUAUGUCCUUGUAUCCGUUCUACCAGGACGAGUGGAAUAAAAUCUCUUAUUCUGACUAUAAGGGUGUCUAUCAAGAGCAACCUUCCUUGACCUGGUUCAUCGUCUUCAGAGACAUUUUCUUCGUACAAGAAGAGAUGUUGCUGGUGCCACGCCUCUAUGUGCCGAUCGGCACGUGCAUGCUGCGGGUCAUCGACAAUGACACGGGACAGGAAGUGCCCAGAGUCUUCCAGAAAGUUGCUCCCUACGUCUACAAGAAGAAUAAGAAAGGGUAUUCUUUUGUUGCUGAGGCGAGGACUGUAGAGCAGCCCAUAACCUCCGGCAACUGGCGCAUGCGGCUGAUUGGGUCGCUGAACGCGUUGCCGGUGCCGCAGAGUGGGGAGGUGUGCUGUAACUUUGUCACCAAGGAGAUCCGGGACUACUACGUGCCCAACGUAAAGAACACCAUCUUCAGGCAAGCGGUCAAAGUGACGGAGGACCACUUCAGCAGCCUGCAGGUGAACACGUCCAAGCCCGACGUCUACAUCAAGCUGUCGGUACUGGACAACGAGGAGGAGGUGAUCAGCGCCGUGGGGAAAGGUCACGUGGUCAUCCCAGCCUUCACCUUCCUCAAGGACAUCACGCAGGAGGACAUUGAGAACAGGAGGUCGAGUUCUCGUGCAUUGCCAGAAGAGGAGGAAGGUGGUGAAGAUGAGCCGGAAGGACAAAAAAAUCAACCGACAGAAGACGCGGCGGUGCGAGGGUCCAUCGCAGCUCCCGCGACAAAGGCAGAGAAGAGCACGUCCAAGUUGAAGCGGACGGAAUCUGCCGUGAGCACAGAGCAGCAGCCUCCGUCUAGAAGCAGUAUGCGUUCUGAUGCUGAGCUGGCCGAGAGACUGGAAGACUCAAGACCCCACAAGUACAUCAUCCAGGCCACGGUGCUGCAGAACAGCUGGCCCCUGUCGGAGAGCAGCUGGAGAUUUGUGCAGAUGCUCAAGGAGAUGGAGAAGAAUGAACUCAAAGUUUUUGGUGACUCUGACUCUGACUCAGAUUCAUCUGAAAGCUUUGAUGAAGAAGUCACCGCCAAAGAACGUCCCCCGUCCCCACCCAAGGUAGAGAAGACGCCCGCGGCUGCCGGGGGCAAGGCCAAACCCAAGGCCGGCAAGGACAAAGGGGGAAAGGACAAAGGUCAGGAGGGCAAGGGGUCGCGACCCUCGUCCCAGCAGUUUGACAUCACCAAGCCCAACUGGACCCUCCGUGUGGUCAGCGAUGCUGUCACCGCUGAAGAGAUAGAGGUGAAGAAGGACACAGAAAGAGCCGACGAGAUCCGAGCGAUGAAGAAAGCGUGGGAGGAUGCUGAACCUGGGAGGGCUGCAAAGGCCCUUCAGUCUCGGCUCAAGUACCUCAACUCUCACACGGUCAAGCUGGGAGCCUCAGAGGAUGACCAGAGCGCUGAGACGGCCGCCUCUUCUCUGACCACCGGGACCGGCCCGCCCACCGCCGCCGAGUCCGGAGCCACGGUCACCGAGCAGGAGUCUCUACCCGGCCCACAGACCCCUGUGUCCUUGGGUGAGCAUUUCGAGUCAGAGACGACCCUGACCUUAGAGCCACCGCCCCCGCCAGCGGCGAAGGAAAUGCUCGAGCCUUUGGAUGUUACGCCGUUUGUGAGGAAAACUCUGGCAGAGCCCCGCUACCUUGGGGAGGAAGAGCUGCAUCAACUGUUGGAGAAACGUCAGAAAGAUGUGGCUGAGUACAAAGCUUUCCGCGAGCAGGUGGAGAGAUGGCGAGACGCUGACCGGCAGAUGCGCAACAAGACCAAGCUGCAGCAGCUGGAGCAGUGCCAGGCCCUGCAGGCGACCCUGGAUGCGGCCAGAGAACGCAUCAACAUUCCGAGAGAAUCUAUACGCCAACGCUUCCUGGACGCAGAGCAAAAGAGAAUAGAAGAACUAGCCAAUCAGGAAGCGGCAAUGAAGGCGGAGCUGGAAGCAAAGUCUCCCAAGGGAAGAAAGAAGAGCCCCAGUGGGAAGAAGAAGAAGUGAAAAAUUGGCACAACACCCAGUAGUUUAUUGUUUGCUGUCUGUGAUAUGAUUCUAUAUAAAAAAGAAAUGUUCAUGUUAUUAUUUUAUUAUUCUCUUUCUACAAAUCAAGGACCGGUUUCUCUUGUCCUGUUGCAAAUUUGGAUAUAUGCCAAGUAUUGAUCAGUCGUAGAUUAUUUUCAUUUCUUGAUGGGUUCUGUAACGUCUUUUAAGAAUAUCAGUCAAAUGCAGUAAAAAAUAUGUCACUUUUCUCUUCAGCAUUUGACCUCUGGGGAUAUUUGUUAUAAAAUCUGUCACUCAGCAAGCUGUCUCUUGUGUCAAUGUGAUGGUAAAAGUAGGUCUUUUAUUAUAACUGUGACCGAAAUCUGCGGGGACCAAACGUCAUCUGCGGGGACCAAACGUCUUCUGUGAAUAACAAAAGUAUUACCACACUUUUCUUUUGAAUUUCUAUGACAAUGACUUUGGCUGUGAUUGAAUGUUCUCUGAAUUGUGAUUUAGCAAGACUGUUUUCUGGGCCCUGAGCCAAACUUUCCCAAUUAAUUCUAAUUUUAUAAAAUGUUCUGGAAUUGAGAGUUGGAAAUGCUCACACUUUAUUUUCAUUUAUAUGAAGUUGUUUCUGUUUCCAUGGUUUUAUUACUCUCAUCAAAUUAAAAUAAUGCCAUUCGAGUCAGUUCAUACAUGUCUGAAUAUCUUCAUCUAUCGCAAUCAAAGCGGAGGUGGAUCUGUGAAGCAAACUUACGAGUAAAUGCAAUUUGAUAAAUUGAUUUAACAACUGCAGCCCUGUGUCGUUGGAAACAUAUAUUAGUUCAGUUAUGUGCAACUAAUGAAGGAUAUGUUGCUGCAAGAAGAUUUUCUAACGAAUGUCUUUGUCAGUAUCACUGAUCAUUUGCUUCAAAGAAUGUACAAUUCUCAAAUGCCUGCCAGUAUCCCAAUAUGUUUGUACAUAGUAAAUGAUAAAGCACUGGUAUAGUGCAGAUUUCCACUGAACAGCAAGCUCUAUGUGCUUUACAAUCUGUAUAAUAUUUCCCCAACAGACCCGAUAGCAUUUUAAUACAAUCUCUACUUCCUGGGAAGCAUACAUCAUGUAUGAGAACUCCCAUUCCGUCCAUUGAAGCCUGAUCCAUUCUUGAACAACCUCAGUGCUUUACCACAUUACUACAUUUCUAUGUUUGUCAAUAAAAAUGUAAAAGGAGAGAA